GCAGAGUAAAGCGAACCAGCGCCGCGGAGGUUUUACCGCCAAAACACAGGAAAGAAAAAGACGUUGUAGUUUCACCUUUCUGAGCAGGAUGGGGAAUACUAAGAGCAGCGCUUUGUCGAAGGAGCUCCUGGACGAAUUGAAAUCCAACACAAAAUACUCAGAGACCGAGCUCUGCACUUGGUACCAGUCCUUCCUGAAGGAGUGUCCCAGUGGGAAGAUCAGCAAGGAGCAGUUUGAAGGCAUCUACGCCAGCUUCUUCCCAAACGCAGACCCCACGGCGUACGCGCGCCACGUGUUCAGGAGUUUUGACACCAACGCGGAUGGCACUUUGGACUUUAAGGAGUACAUCGUCGCUCUGCAUCUCACCUCUGGGGGAAAGACUCUGCAGAAGCUGGAGUGGGCCUUUGCCCUGUACGACGUGGACGGGAACGGAACCAUCAGCAAAAAUGAAAUCGAAGAGAUCGUUAGGUCAAUAUUCAACAUGAUUCCUACUGAUGACCAGAAGAACCUCCCCGAGGAUGAAAACACACCGGAGAAGAGGGCUGAAAAAAUCUGGGAAUUCUUUGGGAAGAAAGAUAAUGAUAAAAUUUCAGAGGGAGAAUUCAUUCAGGGCGUGAUGGAUAACAAGGACAUCUUGAGGUUGAUACAAUAUGAUGAACCUCAGAAAAUCAAAGACAAGCUGAAAGAGAAGAAGCAAUAGUCUAUGGGCAGGAAAAAGCCCUUCUUGUGGUUUUAAGACUGAUUUAUUAUUCUGUUUACAUUCUUACAUGAUCCAGCUGCUUCUACGCUUCACCCAUGUUUCUCUGUUUUUUUUUUUGUUUUUUUUGGUCUUAGCAGCUGAACAGUGUUGUGUUUUUGUCUUUGUACCCUGAAAGCAAUUAGACACUUGCAUCUGAUUCUAAAAACAGAGGCUGAGGAACUCUUGAAAUGGCAAUUUAAGCUCUAAGUUUGAAACUUUGUGCAGUUAGACUGUGUACACUGUGUAUACUGAAUGAAUGGUGUAGAGUUAAGUUUUACACCUUAUAUGUAUGUUUCAAACUUCAAACCCUUUUGCCUGAGCUUCACAUCAGUGUCUGCAUUUAUUUCUCUUUGACUUCGUAAGGCAGUAUAGAGCAGAAUGUCCAAACUCGAUGUCUAUACACAUUUAACAGAGCUUAACCAUGACCCCUUGCACCUGCUGACAGCCAAUUUACUCUCUCACGUCUGGCAGCGCACUGACAUGUUUUCUCACACUUGGAUUCAUUCAUUAGGUUGAUAGCAAGAAAGUCAGACAGAGAGCUCCUUAUGAGGGGAAUUAGGCUCAGGGUAACAAUCCGCCUGUAUCAGCCUAUCCUAUUAGGAGCUGAAGGUCAGUUGAGACAAACCUCCUUACUCAAGUGUCUAGUUAUGAUGACAAGGGCUUGGUCCAGUGAAAAAUACACUGCUUAUUGUAAAUAUGCUCCUCUGGACAGCUUGUGUACUUCACACAGAUCUAACAAGUGAGUGAUAAGUGUAAGUGAUAAUGGAUGUAGCAGUGCAAAAAAAUUGUUUAAAACAUGGAAUAUGUAAUGACGACAGUGUAUAUUCACUAAAAACAUUUGCCUUCUACCACAUAGAUGGAUGAAUAAUCAAUGACAAGGACAGAAGAACAUUGUGACUCCUGUGCGUACAUUGGUUUUGUAGCUUUUUGUGUAAUUUAUUGAAACUACUAUUCUAUUUCCAGGUACCCCAUCAAGUUUUAUAAUGCGUUGUGUAUCCUUGAAGGCUACGAACGCGCCGAAUGCCUCAUAAAACAUUUGCAAAACUGACCUUUAAGGUUCUGUAUGAAAAUCAUUUGUCUCCCUUUCAUACAGCCUGUUUAACCAGUAUAGUUAAUAGUCCCAUGUAUAAUUACAUCAAAACUGACUUUCACUUCUGCCAUGGUUCAUAAAGGUGCAAUUUUCCAUAUUCAUUUCUGUCUCUGUAUUAGGGUUUUAUUUACCUGUACACCAGCACACAUUUGAAGUUCCAUCAAGACAUUAAGGUUUAAA